CCGAGUGGGAGGUCCAAGUCAGCACGGGCUCUGGCCAGAGGAGCCGCCCCCACCCACCUGAGAUUUCCUGAAUUCUGUGGCUCGCUUCUGCAGGCAAAGGGGCCCUUGUGGUCAGUUGCUUCUACCCUCCCUUCCAGACACACACACCUCCAUUCAGGCUGGCCCCGCCCCUGGGGGUUGGGGCAAGGGCUCUGUCCCCUGCCCAGUGGUUGAUAAGGCAAUGCCCCCCUCUGGCCCCUCCAGUGUGCCGCUGCCGCUGGCUGUCCUUGUUGCUGCAGCCAUGAAGGUCACCUCUGGUCCAGCCUUUGGACUCUGUAGCCUGAUGCUCCUGCUGCUGCUACAGGUCCCUGGUAGCCUCGGUCUUGCCUCCCAGCCCAGAGGUCACCUCUGCCGGACACGACCCACGGACCUGGUCUUCGUUGUUGAUAGUUCUCGCAGUGUGAGACCCGUGGAGUUUGAGAAGGUGAAGGUGUUCCUGUCCCAGGUCAUUAAGUCACUGGAUGUGGGGCCCAAUGCCACGAGGGUGGGCUUGGUCAACUACGCCAGCACUGUCAAGCCGGAGUUCCCACUUCGGGCCCACACCUCCAAGGCGUCGCUGCUACAGGCUGUGCACCGCAUCCAGCCGCUGUCCACGGGCACCAUGACUGGCCUGGCGCUGCAAUUCGCCAUCACCAAGGCCUUGAGUGACGCUGAGGGGGGGCGCUCCAGAUCUUCCGACAUCAGCAAGGUUGUCAUCGUCGUGACUGAUGGGAGGCCUCAGGACAGUGUGCGGGACGUGUCUGAGCGCGCGCGAGCCAGUGGCAUCGAGCUGUUCGCCAUCGGCGUGGGCCGCGUGGACAAGGCUACACUGAGACAGAUCGCUAGCGAGCCGCAGGAUGAGCACGUGGAUUACGUGGAGAGCUACAAUGUCAUCGAGAAGCUGGCCAAGAAGUUCCAAGAGGCCUUUUGCGUGUCAGACCUGUGUGCCACAGGGGACCACUAUUGUGAGCAGGUGUGCGUCAGCUCUCCAGGCUCCUACACCUGUGCCUGCCAUGAGGGCUUCACCCUGAACAGCGAUGGAAAGACCUGCAAUGUCUGCCGAGGCGGUGGAAACGGCUCAGCCACUGACCUGGUCUUCCUCAUUGACGGAUCCAAGAGUGUGCGGCCUGAGAACUUUGAGCUGGUGAAGAAGUUCAUCAACCAGAUUGUGGAUACUCUAGAUGUGUCCGACAGGCUGGCCCAGGUCGGGCUGGUACAGUACUCAAGCUCUAUACGCCAGGAGUUCCCGCUUGGUCGCUUCCACACCAAGAAGGACAUUAAGGCCGCUGUGAGGAACAUGUCCUACAUGGAGAAGGGCACCAUGACAGGCGCCGCCCUGAAGUAUCUCAUAGACAAUUCCUUCACUGUGUCCAGCGGGGCAAGGCCCGGAGCCCAGAAGGUGGGCAUCGUCUUCACUGAUGGCCGGAGCCAGGACUACAUUAAUGACGCUGCCAGGAAGGCCAAGGACCUUGGCUUUAAGAUGUUUGCCGUGGGUGUGGGCAAUGCUGUGGAAGAGGAGCUGAGGGAAAUUGCCUCAGAGCCAGUGGCCGACCACUACUUUUACACAGCCGACUUCAAGACCAUCAACCAGAUUGGCAAGAAGUUGCAGAAAAAAAUCUGUGUGGAGGAAGAAGACCCGUGUGCCUGUGAGUCCAUAGUGAGGUUUGAGGCCAAGGUGGAGGGUCUGUUGCAGGACCUGACCAGGAAGCAUAUCCUUUCUCAGGCUGUGGGGGCAGGAAUUGGGGAGGGCUGGAGGAGCACGGAGGGUCUGUGACCACAGACAGGUCUGGCUUUAGGGGUUCCUAAAUCUUGGGGCAGCCUCCACCUGCUAUGGCCUAGAUUCUGACUAGAUAGGUUCACAUCACACCUGCCUUGUGAUAGACUUUGUCAAACUCAGAGGAUCCUCCAAUAUGGUAGAGAAACUGAGGCAGAAGCCAAGUUCUAGGGAUGGGGCACAGAUAGAGUUUUGGGCAUGCCCCCGAAAUAUGGAGUUUAUGGGAUCAUUUCUCAGGUGUCUGGUGGCUUCCCAGCCUCAGAUAGCACAUAGUAGGGGUUCCUCAGGACUAAUAAUCACAGCUGAGUACCUGUGGUAGAGGUGAAGGGAGGGAAAGUUCUGGCUGUAGCUCCUGGGAGGAAACCAGAAACCAUCACUCCAGCUCUGACCACCUGCCCCUGCCCUUAACUCUACGUCUACUGGAAGCUGUGAGCAAACGGCUGGCUGUCCUGGAGAACAGAGUCAUCUAAGGACUCUUGUGACCUGGCCACCUCCCACAGAGUCCUGGAAAUGUCCCCUGUAGCUAGAGUUAGUCUGGCUGUGCUACUUUAGCAAGGGAGCCUGCAGAGGAUGGCUGUAGGUCUUCCCUGCUGCCCUAGGGCUGAGCAGGAGGGGACACGUGCUUGUGACUGCUGGGAGUGUGGGACGAUGACUAGUGUUGAGUGUACGUGUGUCUGAUUGUGCUCAUGUAUGUUUGGGAGCAGGGAUGUGUGCAGAGGUGAAAGCGCAGAGAAGGGGCGUGUGAGCGACUGCGUGCAUGAUUUUUCCCACCGAAAGCUUAAUAUAUUCCUGUUUUCUUUUUCCUCCAGUUAAUUCUUUACCCAGUCAAUUCUUGACUCUGAGUGAUUUCUUUCUUUUUUCUUUUUUUUCUUUUUUUUUUUUGUUCCUUGAGAAAAAAAAUUAAAUGCGGUUCAUUGUA